CAGGGUGAUGGCUUGAUAGCCCGUUUGACUGCUGUCACCCCUAGUCUCAGUGUCAUUUCCUCCGUCUUACCGGUCUCUGGGUCUGGAUCUAGUUCAUCACAGCACCAACAGCACCAACAACAUCGAGAACGGCAUACUAUCUCUUCUAUUGAUCCGAGCCAUGUCAAUCGCAACAAUAACAGCAGCAACACUAAUGAGCUUACUCCGAGCAGCAGCACCUCAACAACACCGAUUCCUGGAGCUGUUAACAACCUUCCAAACGGAGAAGUUACGCCGGAGACAUUUUCAAGUGGCCUCAAGAUGGCUCAUUUGAGUGUUUCAGACGGUUUAAGUGCCCCUGCGUGA